CUUCUUGCUCCCGUUUCCCGAUUCCCACUGCGGAGAAGUCAAAUACGGCCACCUGGUUCGCUACAACCCAAGCCCACCGCCGCUGCGAAGCUGCCAUUCGCCGACGAACAGCUCGCCGGAGAGGCUGCUUUCCCGGAGCUUUGAGCUUCUUGGACUAGCUCUGCUCGGAUUCUUGCUUGGUUGGGAUUAUCAGGACAUGAUGGCAGCUGUUGAAAAUUGAUGACAUGCUUAUGUGGAUAUUCACAAGUGAAACUGUAUUUGUUGAACUGCAGAAUUAAGGCCAUCAUAGUAGUUUUAGAUUUCGGUAAUGGGUUGUUUUUGUAUAUUUGGCAAGAGAAGGGCAACCCGACAGCAAAGUUCUCAGCAUAAUGAUGACCCCUCUGGUGAUAUGAAUAUAACAAAAUUCACUUACAAGGAGCUUUCAAGGGUUACUGAAAAUUUUAGCCCGUCUAAUAAGAUUGGUGAGGGAGGUUUUGGAUCUGUGUAUAAGGGAAAGCUAAGGAAUGGAAAGCUUGUUGCCGUCAAGGUGCUAUCUUUAGAGUCAAGACAGGGAGCGAAGGAAUUUCUGAACGAACUCAUGGCAAUUUCAAACGUAUCUCAUGAAAAUCUUGUCAAGCUUUAUGGCUAUUGUGUGGAAGGAAACCAAAGAAUCCUUGUCUACAAUUAUCUUGAAAAUAAUAGCCUUGCACAAACACUUUUGGGUUAUGGCCACAGCAACAUCCAGUUCAACUGGGCAACUCGAGUAAAUAUUUGUGUUGGCAUCGCCCGUGGACUAACAUACCUCCAUGAAGUUGUAAAUCCCCACAUUGUUCACCGGGAUAUCAAAGCAAGCAAUAUACUUCUAGAUAAAGAUCUUACGCCGAAAAUAUCUGAUUUUGGUUUAGCAAAGCUUUUGCCUCCAGAUGCAUCACAUGUUAGCACAAGGGUUGCUGGAACAUUAGGUUACUUGGCUCCAGAGUAUGCCAUUCGAGGACAAGUGACACGGAAGUCAGAUGUUUAUAGUUUUGGUGUUCUGUUACUAGAAAUAGUUAGUGGGAGAUCCAACACCAAUACAAGAUUACCCUAUGAAGAUCAGAUACUUCUUGAAAGGUUCCCAGAGAUCACAAAUGGGGUUCUCCUCUUGCAGACAUGGGUGCACUAUGAAGAGGGUGAUUUGGAGAAAAUCAUAGACGCUUCUUUGGGUGAUGACUUGGAUGUUGCACAAGCCUGUAUGUUCCUGAAAAUUGGGCUUUUGUGUACACAAGAUGUCACGAAACAUCGACCCACAAUGUCGAUGGUUGUCCGCAUGCUAACAGGUGAAAUGGAUGUUGAGCUGGCGAAGAUCAGCAAGCCCGCAAUAAUCAGUGACUUUAUGGAUCUUAAGGUCAGGAGCAUGAGGAAAGAAGUGGACAUAGUUUCAUCCUCAACAUCCACAUUGCUAUCUUCCAUCAUGGCACACUCUUCUCCUUUGUUGUCGCAAGAGACAACAGAAGCCUCCAUGACAUUCACCGCGAUAUCAGAUCGUGAGUGACCCGAGGUUGAAUGCAGAUACGAAGAUUGCAUCGACAAAAGGUAGUGUAGGAGAAAUGUUUUCCAGAAAUCUUUUUGCUGGUUUGAUUUUUUUUUCGAUGUAUAGAUUUACUUCAUUUAUAGCCUGAAAAGCAGUCUAGAGUGAAGAAAGUACAUGAUAGUAUAUCUUGUUUGUUCAUGGAAUGUCUCCUGUUUUUGAAUGUGCAAUGGACACUUCUUCAGUUCUUAAUUGUACACGACACCUUGUCUGCUGCUUGUGUUCUGAGAUAAAUUGCCAAAAAGAAACCUGUCUACACGAACAAUGUUUUUUCCACUUUCAACUUGUAAAAUGACAGAUCAUAUUAUUGUCUUCCAUGA